AUGCGGCCGUCCGUGCAGACGCCUACAGGAUCGUCGAUCGGCUCCGGAAGCCACUCGCCCGGUCAUUUCAUUUUGAACGUGACGGUUACAACGAACAUGCCGGGCGCGCUCCGGCGGCUGAGCCGGCUCGCGACGUCCACGGACCUCGAAGUCAAGUGGGGCGCGCGCUUUCGCCGACCGCUGCUCGUCUGGGUCUACGUGCAGCAUCUCAUGACAUUUGUCUACUUUGGCCUUCUCGGCGCCAUGCACCUCACGCUCGACCUCGGCAUGCGCGUGGCGAUGCGCAGCUACGCCAGCGGUCCGUCCGGCGCGCUCCUCGUCCUCACGGGCGUCUUGCACUGCUGGCCCUUUCUACCGCAGCGUGGGGCAUAG